AUGCUGGGUAAAUCAGGACUUUUUAGUCUGUCCUGGUACCUGGGCCUGCAAGCGCCGUCCUUCGUUUCUCGCAGGCACGGUCUAGAGGAGGGUCUGGAGGUCCAGGGUGAGCUCCUCCUGCAGGACUCCUUCCUGGUCUGGGAGCCCAAGUCCCUGAUCAGGAAGGGGCGGGACCGACACCUCUUCCUGUUCGAGCUGUCACUCAUCUUCAGCAAAGAGAUCAAAGACUCGUCUGGACGCACAAAGUACCUGUACAAGAGCAGACUCAGGACGCCGGAGCUCAUAGUCAACACGGGAGGAGGCUGGUCGGCCCCGUCAGCCAUCGGCAUCGCAGGUCUGGGAGGAGGCUUCGAGAUCGGGGUGGAGGUGUCUGACCUGGUGAUCAUCCUGAACCAGCGGAGAGCUGUGGAGGCCUUCACCAAGGGCGGCAACCUGACGCUGGGCGGCAACUGCACCGUUGCCGGGGGACCCAUGGGCAGGAACGUGGAGGCUGAUGUGGCUAUCCGCAGCACGGCGGCCAUCUUUACUUACUGUCACUCCAGAGGUCUGUUUGCUGGUAUUUCCCUGGAGGGGUCUGGUCUGAUCGAACGCAAAGAAACUAACCGCAAGUUCUACUCCCAAGACAUCCGAGCUUCGGCGAUUCUGAACGGCGAUGUGGAGCCUCCCUCCGAGUGCUACGACCUGUACCACAUCCUGGAGAGCUACACGGACGCCUACGCAGCCGACUGGACCACCAAGAACAUCCGUCCACGGACGUCUCUUCCUCCAUCCAGACCUCCAGCGCCAUCUCAAAAGAGAGCAGCGAGUGUUUACCAGCCCCCGGUAGACCGGUACCAGCCCCCGGUAGACCGGUACCAGCCCCCGGUAGACCGGUACCAGCCACCGGUAGACCGGUACCAGCCACCACCAACUAAAAAUGUCCUCUACCCGAGUAUCUCCGUCUAUAAAUCUGAGACCUCCGGGGGCGGAGCUAGUGGCGAGCUCGUCGUCACGGCGAUCCACGCGUUCUCGGGGCAGCAGCCCGGCGACCUGAGCUUCGUCCCCGGCGACCGCAUCACCGUGGUAACCAAGACGGACUCGGAGUACGACUGGUGGGAGGGGCGGCUGGAGGACGGCACCGUUGGCAUCUUUCCCGCCAACUUCGUCUCCCAGUGACCCGUUACCACGGCAACAGAUAAAUCUUGGGGGGGGGGCCCGGGACCCGGGACCCGGGACCCGGUGGUCGGGACACAAACAGUACAAUCUACAACUUUAUUGAUAAACGAUUUCAUGCCAACAAAGACCUAAAAACUUCUUACACACUCACAGACACACACACAGAGACACACACACACACACACACAGAGAUACACACACACAGAGAGACACA